UCAACAAGUCCACUUACUCUCUUUAGUAACGAUCCUCCGCUUUCUCACUCGUCACUUUCGAUCGUUAAAGCAGACGCAGACGCGAUAUGGCGACGAGCUUGCCGUUUCUGAACGCGACAGGGAUCUCGUUGCCGUCAUCGGGAUCAAUUCGCCGGCGAUCGCACAUUGUUUCACGACAGGAUCUCCCUGAAUUCUCGUCUAAACCAGUCUCUUCGCCGCGGCUUAGCUUCUCCCGUAACGGUAGACACGAAAGGUUUCUCUCGCCGGAGGUGAUCCGAUCGGUGGCUGUGAGAUCGCAACUGAGUACGCCUCUCAUUUCUGGAAACGAUGAGUGGGGAACUUGGACUGCUCUCUUCGCCACUGGUGCUUUCGGUCUCUGGUCGGAGAAGACGAAGGUGGGAAGUGCGGUGAGUGGUGCGUUGGUGAGCACACUGAUUGGGCUUGCAGCUAGUAAUCUUGGGAUCAUUUCUUCGGAAGCUCCUGCUUUUGCUGUUGUGUUGAACUUCCUGCUCCCGUUAGCUGUUCCUCUGUUGCUCUUUAGAGCUGAUCUGCGCCGUGUGGUUAAGUCCACUGGAAAGCUUCUCUUGGCUUUCUUGAUUGGAUCAAUUGCAACAACUGUGGGUACCGCUCUGGCCUACUACCUAGUGCCAAUGAGAGCACUUGGUCCUGAUAGUUGGAAGAUUGCAGCUGCUCUCAUGGGGAGGCAUAUCGGUGGAGCCGUCAACUAUGUUGCCAUAGCGAAUGCUCUCCAAGUUUCACCAUCAGUAUUAGCCGCUGGACUCGCUGCUGAUAAUGUUAUAUGCGCUGUAUACUUCACGUCUUUGUUUGCUAUAGGCUCCAAAAUACCUGCUGAAACUUCGCCUCCACCAACUAGUGAUGCAGCGACAAACAAAGAUUCUGAAACUACGAACAAAAUCCCUGUGCUACUGAUAGCUACUGGAAUUGCUGUGUCAUUAGCUAUAUGCAAGGCAGGGGCUUUGCUCACAAAGUAUUUCGGGAUUUCGGGUGGUAGCUUGCCAGCUAUAACCGCCGUGGUUGUUGUUCUAGCAACAGUAUUUCCUUCACAGUUUGGUCGUCUUGCUCCAUCUGGAGAAGCCAUGGCUCUAAUUCUUAUGCAGGUGUUCUUCACUGUGAUAGGUGCGAGCGGAAACAUAUGGACUGUGAUAAACACGGCACCGAGCAUUUUCUUGUUUGCAUUGGUCCAGAUUGGGACACAUCUCGCUGUGAUAUUGGGCAUAGGGAAGCUGCUCAACAUCGAGCUAAGGUUGCUGCUUUUGGCAUCAAAUGCUAACGUCGGUGGACCCACCACUGCAGCUGGAAUGGCGACUGCAAAGGGAUGGAACUCGUUGAUAGUUCCCGGGAUUCUUGCUGGAAUAUUCGGCAUCGCCAUUGCAACAUUCAUAGGGAUUGCAUUUGGUGUGAAGGUCCUCAAGUUCAUGUGAAGAUGCUAAUAUGACUAAGAUUUAUGAAUUGGACUCUCUGCUUUUCUUAUCCAAUCUUGGUUAUGUCGAUUUUGGUUGCAAGAUAGAAAAAAAAAACAAUAAAAUUCAGAGUAUUUGUGUUGCAUUGCAUUUUUCACUAAUAUGCCAAACUGGGAUGUAGAAUCCUGAUGGUUGUAUACUGAUUCAGUUAUCUUUGUAGAAUAAAAUAAUACUGUCAUAUUGCCAGGUUGAUCUUGAGAUUGA